AUUUGCGAAGGAUGCCUGUGUGUGGAUCGCAAGCUCACUACAAUUUACGAUGAAGAAUAUAAAAAAGUAUUUAUGGGAAUGCUGGAUUUCAUGGACCAGAUGAAUCAAGAGUGGCUGUUAUGUUGGGAAUGCACCGCUAAAAUACGGUCUGUGAUACACUUCAAGAAUAGAGUCCGCACUGCUCGUGAUCAACUCCUCCGGUAUAUGGUUUACCAAACUACACCUAUAGCAUCACUGUCCAAUUUGAAAACAGUCAUAAACACAGCUCAAGACUACUAUUAUCAAGAUGAAGAACACAAAACCUUAAUUUCAUCGGGAAAUGACAUUUCCACAACUAAUUUUGACUCUGACUCAAAUAGAAAUUUUAUUAAUAUAAAUGACCCUAAUAGUAAAGUAGCUACAAGCAUGGAUAAUCAAUUUACUGAAACUGAUACUGUUUCUGAGAUAAGAGAUAGUACAAAUGAGAAUAUUAGUCAGUGUUCAUUUACUAUAAAAAUUGAAGAUAAUGAUUUUGAGAAUGAAAGAUUUGAUGCAGAUGAAAACAAUAGUUUAAUAGAUGGCAAAGAGAGUGUUAUUGAAACUAAGACUGAUGAUGUACUGAUCACACAAGAAUCUUCUCCCCCUAAAAAGAAGAGGAAAAAAAAGAGGAAACGUAAAAAAGAGGAGUUUAACGCCUCUGAUGAUGAACCACUGAAACCUAGUAACAAAAGAGAGAAAGAGAUGAAAGAUAAGUCAAUGGAGAAGGAAGAUACGGAGGACAGAACGGUGAAAAAGCGUCGCAAGCGGGAGAAGGCGGCGGGGGUGGUAAACAACCCCCGGGUCGACAGAAACCUCGCGCAGCUCAACGUGCAGGAUGGACAGAUCGAGAUGGUAGUACUUAGCUGGGAGGAGGUAGAGGCAGAACGCCAACGCGCCCGAGAGAGCAUAGUGUUCACCCGACACGAGUACCGCUGUGACGACUGCAUACUCGGGUUCAACCACCGGUUCAAACUGGACAACCACAUGACUAAGCACGCCGAUUCAUCAGGUCCCGCGGAGUGCCCAGUGUGUCGCGUCCGUUGCCGAGACGACCACGCCCUAGUCGCCCACAAGCGACGGCAUCGGGUGAGAUGGCGCUGCGUGUCGUGCGGGGAGCUGUGCUCGCGCGCGGCCGUGGCGGCGGACCACGCGGCGCGCGCGCACGGCGCCGCGCCCACGCACACGUGUCGCCGCUGCGGACUCACUCUACAAUCGCUCGCAAAACUCCGGAACCACAUGAAAAAUCACGCAGAACGACAGAAAUGCGAGCUGUGCGGGAAAACGUUCAGAGACCGGUCGUCACUCAGAACACACUUGUUCAUCCAUAGUGGUGAGAAAGAGUACUCGUGUCCACAUUGUGACAAGCGGUUCCUGUUCAAGAAGGCCAUGGAGGUCCAUUUGGUGACGCACGCCGCGCCCGCUCGUCUCUACUGCCUCGAGUGUGAUAUGACGUUUAAGAACCGCAUGUCGUAUUACCAGCAUAAGAAGUACAACUUGAAGCAUAUCGACCCCGAAAAACUGAAGUACAAAUGUCCCUUGUGUGACAAGAAAUUCCUGAAAGCGGCGCGACUUGAGGAGCACAACAUGGCUGUACACCUGAAAGUGACGCCUAUACGGUGUACGAUACCCGACUGUGACUUUGCGUGCUCGUCUAAACCAGUUCUGCGCACGCACAUACGCAUGGUGCAUCGCAACCUGCGCUUCGUGCGUAACCACGUGUGCGACACCUGCGGCAAGGCCUACACGACGAAGAAGACUCUAGAAGGUCACAUGCGAAGUCACACCGGGGAAAGACCCUUCCACUGCGAACUCUGCACGUCUACAUUUUCGUACGAGGCGGCCUUGUACAACCACAACAAACUGGUGCACCUCAAGGGCAAGGUCAGUUAUACUCGAAUACUCAAGGUCAUGGUCAAAUACGUUAGAGUUCUUCAACUGUGGUCUUUAUUCGUCCACACUUUCCUACGAGGCGGCCUUGUAUAA